UUACCAGGCCGGCAACUGGGAAACUACCCUUACUCCGGCGAUCCCACAAUCCGACCACCAGUUUCCGCACCAGGGGAAAACACAUCGCUUGGAGCUGCCAUAAAUUCCAGACGCCACCAAGCCGAGCGCUCAGUAUCGUUCCGAAGCCAGACGAGUGAAGAUUGCUAAUUGCUAAGCCCCCAACCAGUUGUCGAGCACCAGAACAUGGAGAUCAUUCGAUUCGUUGACAGCGCUCUCAGAGCUUUGAUCGCCGGCAGCCUUCUCAUCCUGAUGACGGCCAUAUACCGGGAGGACAACAACGCCGGCUCCCACUACAUCCACCCCAGACACACCAUGCACUGACUCCGCCGGGGUCUCUGGAUUCCGAUUUCACCUAGUCCCCUCGAAAAUGCGCCAGAAUAACCGGUUGAGUUUAGUGCCGAUUCGACAACAAAUCGUCAUAUCAACAAACUGAAAAAAUAACGUUAGACGCAUUAUUUUCAAUUCAAAACUCGCCCCCUCGUAAAAUAGAAUAACUAAUCUUGUAUAUACUAAAUUAUGUUUAAUCCUCUAAUAUAAACAAUUAAUAUAUCAUUGUGUUAAUUAUUAGAAUAACAACAA